AUGGCAGCACGACAGGACUCUGACAAUGUUGCAUGGGACCGAAGCGACAAGCUCUGGGAGGAGGCCAUGAAGCAAGUCCGAUCUGCCUCAGCCUGUCGCAAAGUCGUAUCUUUUGCCGAGAAGAUGUUUACAAAACCCGCGACUUUGGUCACCCCCUUGAUCAUUGACGGCUUCAAUGUGCUCUAUCCCAUACGCAUCGAGGGUCUUGCCACCAACGUUCUCGUUCGUCUGCCCUGCCCCAACCAAGCGCUGUUUCCUGAAGAGAAGACACUUGCAGAAGCCGCGACCGCGGCAUGCGUUAGCCAACGUACUCUUGUUCCGAUCCCGAAACUUUUCAGUCACGGCAUUGAUGCCGAUAUUGGGCCGUUCAUGAUUAUCGAAGACGUUGGAUCUCGACGGGGCAUGGGCCAGGUCCUGGAAGCUCCCCGAGAUGAUCCUAAUGACACGCCCGUCUUGCAACCGGACAUUCCCGAGGACAAGCUCAAGUGCCAGUAUUUUAAAAUGGCACGGUGUGUGCUACAGCUUGCACAAGCUACCUUUCCAUGUAUCGGAAGCCUCGUCGAGGCAAGCAACAAGUCGUACCGCGUAAUGGGACGCCCCAUCACUCUCAACAUGCGCAACAUGGUUCAGCUUUCCAAUGUUCCAACAUGCAUCUUUCCUCCCAAAGGCACCACGUACCGCAGCGCUGAUGAGUGGUAUACCGUCUUGGCUGAAAUGCAAAUCGCAACCCUCGUCUUCCAGCGCAACGACAUGAUUUCGUCAGAGGACGAUUGCAGGACCAAAUAUGUCGCUCGGCAGCUGUUCCGCAGAUUAGCCAAGCAAGGGCGACUAUCAAUUUUCGGAUUCGCUGAGGAUAACUGGUCGUCCUGCUGCAAGGACGCCCCCGCAACAUUGUCCGCGCCAGACGGCUCGGGCUCUUUUCGCCUGUGGUCCGAUGACUUCAGACCUGCCAAUGUGCUCGUCGAUGAGAAUGACCAUGUUCUCGCGGCCAUUGACUGGGAAUACGCAUACGUCGGGCCAACGCAAUUCGUCCUUGACCCGCCCUGGUGGUUACUUCUCGACGUGCCAGAGAUGUGGGAUGAUGGCAUUGAUGACUGGACUUCCGUCUACGAAAGCCGGCUGCAGACCUGGCUUUCAGCCCUGGAAGAGGCUGAGAAAGAUGUGCAAGCCGGUUCUUCACGGCUCUCGGAAUACAUGCGCGAGAGCUGGAGGACAGGCCGCUUCUGGCUCAAUUAUGCCGCGAGAAAGAGCUGGGCCUUUGAUGCUGUAUACUGGAAGUACUUGGAUGAGAGGUUUUUCGGUCACCGGGACAAAGAUAUUUCCACGGAGCAAUUGUGGAAGACGAGGGUAAAGCUUCUGGAUCAAGAGGAACAAGCGGGGAUGGAGGCGCUCGUGCAAGUGAAGAUGGCGGAGAUGCAGCAACGAGUACUGGUUGAGUGGGAUGCUGUGGAAGCGAGGGAACGACUGUCUUCCCUUCUCUUCGACUGA